UGCAUUAGUUUACAAAUGGCAAUUAAGAGCAUCAUUUCUGCAACUUAUUUCCUACUCUUUCUCCACCUUCUCCUUCGCUUGGCCUCAUGCAGUACCAAAAGGAACCAGGUUUAUGUAGUUGAGUUGUUUGGAGAGCACUCUAGUAGUGGAGAUCAUAAAACACUGCAUGAAGUAGAAAAUGCCCAUCACUCUUUUUUGCUUUCAGUGAAAGAAACUGAGGAGGAUGCUCGAGCUUCCCUUCUUUAUAGUUACAAACACACUAUCAAUGGCUUUGCAGCAUUGCUUACUCCGAAAGAAGCCAAUAAGCUCUCUGAAAUGGAGGGGGUGGUCUUUGUGCAUAAGAAUCAGCCAAGGAUCUACUCUUUGCACACCACAAGGUCAUGGAAAUUCGUGGGGUUAGAUGGGCCCUUAAAUCCUCAGGAAGAACAAUUCAAUCACACAAAUGAAGACUUGCUAACCAGAGCAAAAUAUGGGAAAGAUAUCAUUGUAGGAAUGAUUGAUAGUGGUGUGUGGCCAGAGUCAAAGAGCUUCAGUGAUGAAGGGAUGGACCCUGUUCCGACAAAAUGGAAAGGAGUGUGCCAAAAUGGAACUGCUUUCGAUUCCUCUCAAUGCAAUAGAAAGAUCAUUGGAGCUCGUUACUACUUGCAUGGGUAUGAAAGUAUAUAUGGCCCUCUAAACGAAAAGGAAGAUUACAAGUCAGCACGUGACAAAGAUGGACACGGAAGCCACACAGCUUCAAUAGUGGGAGGGCGUGCAGUUGCGAACGCAUCAGCCAUGGGGGGCUUUGCGAAGGGGACGGCCCAAGGGGGUGCCCCACUGGGCCGGCUGGCCAUAUACAAAGCGUGUUGGCCCAUUAAGGGGCAGUCAAAGAGCGAUGGCAACGUGUGCACAAACAUUGACAUUCUCAAGGCCAUAGAUGACGCCAUUGGUGACGGCGUUGACGUCAUAAGCAUUUCCAUUGGGUACAGUGCACCGAUCUCUUAUGAGGAGGAUGUGAUCGCCAGGGGGGCAUUGCAUGGUGUGAGGAAGAACGUAGUGGUGGUGUGUAGUGCUGGCAACUCUGGCCCUUCACCUCACACUUUGUCCAACCCUGCACCCUGGAUCAUCACUGUCGCUGCUAACACUGUUGAUCGUUCCUUUCUUGCUACAGUUAAGCUUACCAAUGGCACACGCAUUCAGGGUCGAUCAAUUACUCCAGUCCACAUGGGAAAUAGCCUCUACCCAUUGGUUCUAGCUGGAGAUGUUGAGCAUCCAGGCUUGCCUAGUACAAAUUCUGGGUAUUGCCUGGACAAUACCCUUCAACCCAACAAGGUAAGAGGGAAGAUAGUUCUCUGCCUUAGAGGGCAAGGGGAAAGGCUAAAAAAAGGCUUAGAAGUUCAAAGGGCUGGUGGGGUUGGUUUUAUCCUUGGCAACAAUAAAAUAAAUGGGAACGAUGUACCCUCUGAUCCUCAUUUUAUUCCAGCCGCUGGUGUGUCCUAUGAGAAUGCCUUAAAACUAAUUCACUAUGUCAAUUCUACUCCAAAUCCAAUGGCACAAAUUCUACCAGGAACAACAGUGUUAAAUACCAAACCAGCACCCUCCAUGGCCUCCUUUUCUAGCAGGGGUCCAAAUAUAGUUUACCCCAAUAUUCUGAAGCCUGACAUUACAGCUCCAGGAGUAGACAUAUUGGCAGCAUGGACCGCUGAAGAUGGCCCCACACGAAUGACAUUUUACGACAAUCGAGUAGUUAAAUACAACAUUUUCUCUGGAACUUCAAUGUCAUGCCCUCACGUGGCUGCUGCGGCAGUUCUUCUCAAAGCCAUUCACCCUACUUGGAGCACUGCUGCUAUAAGAUCUGCUCUCAUCACUACAGCCAUGGCAACAGACAACACUGGCAAUCCAUUGACUGAUGAAACUGGAAAUCCUGCAACGCCUUUCGCAAUGGGGUCUGGCCACUUCCACCCCAAAAGAGCAGCAGAUCCUGGUCUGGUUUAUGAUGCCUCCUACAUGGACUACCUUCUUUACACUUGUAGCCUUGGAGUGACUCAAAACUUUAACAUUACAUAUAACUGUCCAAAGUCAUUUCCUGAACCGUUUGAGCUUAACUAUCCAUCCAUACAAAUCCAUAGGCUCAAUUACACCAAGACUAUUAAGAGGACAGUCACCAAUGUUGGUAGGAGAAGGAGUGUUUACAUGUUUAGUGCUGUGUCACCAAAGGAAUACUCCAUCACAGCUACUCCAAACAUUCUGAAAUUUAAUCAUGUUGGGCAAAAAAUGAACUUCGUCAUCACAGUGACAGCAAACUGGGGUCAGAUACUAACCAAGCAUGAGCCAGAUAACUACUAUUUUGGAUGGUAUGCAUGGACUCGCGAACAACACGUUGUAAGAAGCCCAGUGGCAGUGUCUUUUCCAUAAAAUAACAUUCUAUCUUACUUUCAUUAACUUAUUGAAGUGUUUUUUCCUUCUGAGAUUUUUCUUGUGCUUUCCAAAAGGCCAAAGGCCAAAUAAUUUGAGAAUCUUGGAGAAACAGGAAACGAAACAGAUAGGAUACAGAUUAUUAGAGGAUUGAAUUAGUGUUCUCAUACAACAUCAACACUAAUGACAUAGUUGUUUCUUCCUGCUGCUUCUUUUCUUUUGUUCCCUCCCUCACACAUACUUCCUCACACAUACUUAGAUCGUUGGGAAUAAGAUGUAUGCCCAAGAUUGUUGGGAAUAAGAUGUAUGCCCAAGGUCUAAUCUAUCUUAUAUGUAUUAAUAAGAUUGUACUUUAUUAUUA